AUGGGCAAAGUUUCCAACAUUCCACUCCCACCAGAGAUCCUCUCUGAGAUAUUCCACCUCGCCAAAGCCAAACGACGACCGUAUCAUCUCGUUCCACUCGAGGUCAUCUUCAGCCAUGUAUGUUCCGAUUGGAGGAACACCCUGCUGGCCGAUAGUCAAGUAUGGACGAACAUCACCAUCCACUCUCCCAAAACACUUCCGAGGGCCCUCGCGUACCUCUCUCGCACCGCGCCGACCUCCGUGGUAUACGUGCGCGUAGAGUUGUAUGAUUGGGAUCGCAAGACACGGGACCGCCAGGAGAGAAACACCUUCCUCGAGUCCCUCAACGCGUUCCUCGAGUCGUGUAUUGAACGAUGCAAGACUCUAUUGAUCUUCACGUACCGCGAAUCCACCUCCAGCGCCAUCGUCAAAAGCCUCAGCGCCUCAGCCGCACCGGAACUGGAAAGGCUGCGCAUUAACAACCUCCCUCCGGACGUGGACAGCAACCCAAGAGACCUGGAGCACCCCGACGUCUUGACUGGAGGUGCUCCUUCACUUCAGUUCCUGGAGAUCGAGGGGAUUCAUUCCUUCCCUCCCCUCGGAAGUCUGGUCACUCUCCAUCUGCACAACUUGAAACCAGACUGGUUCACGUACGAUGUCUUCAAAGAUAUCUCCACGAAAUCUGUCAACCUCCAGAACCUCUCUUUGGAAGCCCAAACGUUCGUCACAGCGUGGCCCAAUGAUACUGCCAGACCUUCGAUUACCCUCAAGUCCCUUCGCUCUCUCAGAAUAACAGAGCAUUUCCCAGGUCUACUCGUCAAGCUCCUACUCACAAUCAACGCACCAAGGUUACAGUCUCUAUGGCUCGUAGCCGAGACCACUUCCUUCGACUUCCUCUUCGAUUCUCCGCAGUUCCUCGCCAGCCAGAGCAAGUUUGCGAACCUCAAAUAUCUAACCCUCGACUCCUACAAUAUGCACUCCCUCCACAAAUUCGGCCUCGUCUUCCCCAACAUCACGCAUUUCUUCAUUCCCGAAGCACCUCUAUUCCACCUCAAGCAUCUCGCCGCUGCCUUCUCUUCCGACCCACCGCUAUGGCCUAAACUCGAAACUCUAGCGAUGACAGCCAAAAGCGACCGAAGGCAAAUGAAUUUGAAGGAGGCCUUGUGUAAGAUUGUUUCGGCGAGAGCGGAGAUGAGGGUUGGGUUGAAGAGGUUCCUUUCGCAUGGGGAUACAGUCGAGUUUCUGAAGAAGCAAGAGUCGGAUUUGUUGAAUGAGCAUUUGGAUAUUGAAGAGUUGUGUACGGAGAAUUUCAGGGAACCGUGGUGGCUUAUGAUGCACGAGAGCCAUCCGGAUUCAAUUGGACUUUCUUAA